AUGAGGCAAGUCCCAAAGCCCCUCUGUCCCUGCUCUGCAGGGCUAAGGAGGGAGGCUGGUGCAUUAAGGGUACCAACAGCUCCCUGUAUCCCUGUAUCCCUGUAUCCCUCUCCAGGUGGCAUCCAAACAUCAGAAGCUGCCAUCCUGCCCUAUGUGCCCUACCCAAUCAGUCCCACCACAGGUUCCCCUCCAGCCACGCACCUGCCCAUCCUGCAGCCAAGAAGGACGUCCCCGCUGGGGGCUCUCAUGACAGAUCCCAUCACAGGCAUUGAGGUGCCUGUGCUGGCUGUGACUCUGCACCCCCAAACGAGGCAGUGGCUCACUCUUAGGGGGACAUACUGCAAUCCUCUCACCAAGACCUUGGCCCCUCUGGAGAUGGGGGGUCCCAUGGAGGAUCCAGUCACAGGAGGCAUCUCGCCCAUCCUGGGAGUCGGGUUGGAUGAAAACACAGGUCAGCUGCUUGUACUGGGAGGGCUGCGAGAUGCUUCGGGGAACCUCAUGCUGCCUGGUGACAGCUUUGUGGAGCCACUGAGCGGGAAGACAGUCCAGCUCCAGGAGGCUUCCCGACGAGAGGGCCAGACAUUGCCCCAUAUGGGAGGGUCACAGGCCGUGCUGGACACCAAUGUGCUGGUGGCCCAGAGGCAAGUGAUUGCAGUGCUCCAGCAGUGCCAGGGGAGUCCAGAGUCAGAUGUACAGAGGCCUCUGGAGGCUGCCAUCAAGGACAUGAGACAGGCACUGGCCUUGAGUCUGCACCACAUCCUGCAGCAGGCUCGGAGGCUGGAGAGGCAGCUGGCAGCAGCGGAUGACACUGAAGCCAGUGGUGGCAGGAUAGGAAUGAUGCGCUAUCCCGGGACAGAGCUGUGGGUCCCAGCCCUGUAUGGAAUGGAGAUCCCAGAUCCUGAGGGCUCGGGGCUCAUGGUGCCUAUCCUGGGCAUGGAGCAUGAUGAGAAUUCUGGCGAUGACAUACCCCUGGCAGGCUCAAUGGAAGACGCUGAUGGCAAAGGUCUAAUCCCAAUCUCGAUUGGGGCUCAGGCCAUAGACCCCUGGACUGGGAAGCCUGGUCCCGUCAUUGGAGCUCAAAUGGAUCCCUCUGCCAGAGUGGUGGUGCCCAUUGUCCAGGUGCUGGAGGCGUUACCUCGGGGAGUGAGAGACCCUGGUCUGCUGCACGUCCUGGAGCAGGAGUUGAGAGCCCGGGAGCAGUACUGGUGCCACCAGCAACAGGAGGAAGAGCGGUUACUGGAACACCUGGGGCACCUGAGCCAGGAGCUCCACUUCACGGCAGGAAAUGGCACUGAGCAGCAGCUGGGGGCUGCAGAGGAGGCCUGCCGGGCCCUUGAGUCCCGCUGCCUGCAGGAGUCGGAGAGAAGAGCCAGGGCUCUGAGCACACACAGCAGCCCAGAGCGGGGCCUGCUCUCUCAAGCAGACAGAGAGGAGUGGGAACAGGAGGCACAGGUGGUGCUGGAUGUGCGAAAGUUCCUGCAGAGUUUAGCGCAGGUAGCAGAAAAGCUUAGGCAAGCUGCUCGCCGGCUGCAGGGCCAGGAGGAGGAGACGCGGCUGCAGCAAAGCAGGAAUCAGAGCCCACAGGUCUGGAACCGCCCCAGGAAGGUGGUUCAGCGUCUCUCCGAUGAGUUUCAGGGGGUGGUGAGGGAGAGACGGAACUUCCUGGCUAGGGCCCUGGGUCAGCUGCAGUACCGACGGAAGUGGAGCCACCUCCAGCUCUUGCACACCCAGAUGAUUGCCUCAGGAACCCCUGUGUGUUUGGAGAAUUACCCUGGAGACAUAUUCUAUGGAACAGUCACCACUUCUCUCAGGGACCAGGCCGCUGCCUGCCCCCUGUUGAUCCCAUUCCUGAAGCAGCUCACUGCAGCGCUAGUAGGAGCUCCAGGGCUGGAGGAUCAGAGGCUAGAAACAGCUGAUGUCAUCUGGACUUCACCAUUCUUCUCCAUCCUGAAGAAAGCAGACAUCUGGUCCCAAGCCCAGGGAAAAAUCUGGUCCCAAGCCCACAAGGAAAAAGCUGAACUGCAAGAACAAGUAUAUCACAAACCAGACCCAAAGAGCUCUUUGCAGGAUCUUCCAAAACCUCAGACAGUGCAGAAGGAAGAGUUGAUAACUGUGCAACCCAUUGACCUUUCUGCCAGGGAGUUUGUGGUUUACCAGUAUGGCCUCUCCAUUCUGCACCUCCUCAUCCCCCAGCUUCAUGCUCCAGAAAUCACCCUGAAAGUUGCUUCUCAUCUUCCUGCCAUGGAAGCCCAAGGCAGCACCUUCCAAGGUGCUUUCUUCUAUCAGAGUGCUGAAAACACACUGUUCAUUGGGAGAGAGUGUUUGGCCUCUGUGGGAAGCUUUGUUCUGCUGCUGAUCCGCUGCCUGGCCCACAUCAUUGCUGGGGAACCCCACCAGGACUCCGACCCUGCCUUUCUGGGGUCAUUUUACAAGGGCCUGGAGGCCUAUUUCAGGGAAGCAUUCUCUAUUACACUGAGAAUGUCAGCGGUUUCCAGGGACAGAAAACUUGACCAAAGCAUAAGUGCUAUCCUGCUGGAAGAACAGCCCAUCUCUGACAGAGAAAGAGAUCUUCUGUCUAAACUCAUUGAAAUGAAGCAUGCAUUUCCCUUGGAGCCAGAAUCACUAGAAGAGUAUAUUCAGAAAAACAAAGAUCUUCUGCUCUUCACCAAUAUGGAACAUUUCCUAAAAAGCAUCCUCGCCACAGAACAACAAAUCCUAAGAAAACCAAGAAAUCAAUUUGGGAGUGAAGAUAAGAUCUAGAAAGAAAAUGGUAAUCCCAUUUCAGUCUGCAUGAUUAAAAGGUCUUAAAUACAUCAGUACAACAUCUGAUGAAGCUGAUAAGAAUUACUGGAAAAUCUAUAAUAUUCAUGGUAAAUCACAUAAAUAAUGUGUAUUACAGUUUUAGGUGUAUAUAUAAUAGGGGCUAAUAUUUGCCACAGAAGUUGAGGACCCCUGCUCACUGUGACUAAAAUUUUCACUGUGACUAAAAGAUCAUCAGAUCACAUAUCUUAUUAAAAUAAUUAUUAAAUAUAUUGACUAAAACUCUUUCUAAGAAUGUAAAACAUAUAUGUCAUUAUUCAGUCAGGCUAAGGUUGUCUAUUACUGAAUCACAAAGUAGAUGGAUAUAUGUAUACAAUAUUUGGUGAUCUAGAAUGUGUACUUAAAAUAUAAGCCAUGUCACACAAAAUUCAUUUUGGAGGCCCUGGUUGAAACACCACAAAGAGAUAAGCAGUCAUAUGAAAGUGAAGUUUUGGAGUGCUGAUCAGGAGAAACAGCACCAUUACUGGGCACGGUGGCUCAAGCCUGUAAUCCCAGCACUUUCGGAGGCCGAGACGGGCGGAUCACGAGG